CCAUGACAACACCUCGGGUGUCGGUGCGGCUCGGUCUCGCGACAAGAGGGGGUUAAAUCCGGAGAAUUGCGCAUGCGUUUUGCCCACACGGCCUCUGAACUCGGAGGCUUCCGUAGAGGGAGGGAGCAAGAUGGCGGCGGCAAUACUGGAUCAUUUGGGUGCGUUAUGGAUGCAGAAUCUGAGGGGGAAGCUGGCCUUGGGGCUUUUUUCAUCUCACAGCGUUUUACCCCAAUCACAUAUUCACACAAGUGCUUCUCUUGAAAUAUCUCGAAAAUGGGAGAAGAAGAAUAAAAUUGUUUAUCCUCCACAACUGCCUGGAGAACCUCGGAGACCAGCUGAAAUCUACCAUUGUCGAAGACAAAUAAAGUACAGCAAAGACAAGAUGUGGUAUUUGGCAAAAUUGAUACGAGGAAUGUCCAUUGACCAGGCUCUGGCUCAGUUGGAAUUCAGUGACAAAAAAGGGGCCCAGAUAAUUAAAGAGGUUCUCUUAGAAGCACAAGAUAUGGCAGUGAGAGACCACAAUGUGGAAUUCAGAUCCAAUUUAUAUAUAGCUCAGUCCACCUCAGGGCGAGGCCAGUACCUGAAACGCAUCCGAUACCACGGCAGAGGUCGCUUUGGGAUUAUGGAGAAGGUUUUUUGCCAUUAUUUUGUGAAGUUGGUGGAAGGCCCUCCACCUCCACCUGAGGCACCAAAGACAGCAGUCGCCCAUGCCAAAGAGUAUAUCCAGGAGCUUCGCAACCGGACCAUCAUUCACACUCUAUGAUGGGGGUAUUAAGACUCCACAGUGUAUAUAUUUUACCAUUUAUUUCCUAAAACCAACAAAAAUUAAAGACAGAUGCUUUUUAUGA